UCCUCGAUUCUCCAGCCUCCAGCGUCCGAUCGCCCACCUGCUCUCCCCAACGCGAAGCAACCGAAAAGGGGAAGAUCCCGAGUUAUAGAACUCCCACUCAGCCUCGUUCGCGCGCUCUAUUGUUUUGCGAGGGUACCGCCUAUGGCGGAGGAGAUGCCAGCAAGCCAUUGCGGCGGAACCCACGAGAGUGACGACGAGAGUCCGAGAUCCUUUGCCCGUGAGCAGGAUAGGCUCCUUCCCAUGGCCAACAUCAGCCGCAUCAUGAGGAAGGCUGUCCCUCCCAAUGGAAAGAUUGCCAAGUACGCGAAGGAUAGCGUGCAGGAGUGCGUUUCCGAGUUCAUCGCUUUCAUCACCAGCGAGGCUAGCGAAAAGUGCCUGAGGGAGAAGAGGAAGACAAUUAAUGGGGACGAUAUACUGUUGGCAAUGGUGACACUAGGGUUUGACGACUACAUUGAACCGCUUAAGUUGUAUUUGAAGAAGUAUAGAGAGUCAGAGGUAAUCAAACUAACCUCUCCCCCAGUAAUCGGUUUGUUUAUUUAUUUUCUUCGAGAACGGUUCAAUUAUUUAUACUGUGAUGCCUUAUGGGACUAUACUGUCUCCCAUUUGCGUGUUAAGGAGUUAAUAUUUAUGUGUUUCCACCGAAAGGAAAAUUAUGGUAUAUAAUACGGGCCCUGGCGCCGUAGGGGCGGAGCCAGGAUUUUUUUGAUGUGGGGGCACAAAUCAUUAAUGUUAAAAAAAAUCCUUAACUUUUUCAUCGUGGCUUAGGACCAUCAUUGAGUGUUUAAUUUUUUUAAUUAUUAAUUUUAUUAUAAAAAGAUAAAUAUAUGAUAAAGCAAAAA